AUGUGGGCACAUUCGAUGACAGUGCAGGAUUACCAGGACCUCAUAGACAGAGGAUGGCGAAGAAGUGGGAAGUAUGUCUACAAACCUAUCAUGAAUCAAACAUGUUGUCCUCAAUACACAAUAAGGUGCCAGGCUUUGCAUUUUCAGACCUCCAAAUCUCACAAGAAAGUUCUGAAGAAAAUGUUGAAAUUCAUUUCUAAAGGAGAUGUUUCAAAAGGAGCAAAUGAUGAAGAGCCGAUGGAUUCCCAUAUUGAGGAUGCAGUCGCCUGUGAUUUUCCAUACAAGAGUGAGUCUCAUGUCAGUCAGUCUGAACUGACUCCCUUGGGAGAGGAUCACACUGGGAGCGUUGGGAAUGAAGAUAAGGACUCAGGAGAAACAGAAGAAGAGGUGAAUGUGCAGAAGGUGGAGUCGGAUUCCCUUCAGAUCUGUGCAGACAAGGACACUCCUGUCCCUGGAGAGCCAUCACACUCAGCUAAAGUUGUUCAUGCACCACCUAAGCCAGGGAAAGGGGCUGAUCUGAGCAAACCUCUGUGUCGAAAAGCAAAGGAGAUACGGAAAGAGAAGAAACUACAGAAGCUACUUCAGAACCAGAAAAGCACGUUAGAAGGGUCUCAGCUUCAAGGAGGAGAUCAAGCUCUCCUCUUGCAAAACUCUAAACCUAAAACAAACCAACCUAAAACCAUUGAAGACUUCGUUUUUGUCUCUUUACCUGAUGAUGCACCACACAAAUUAGAGGUGAGGGUGGUGAGAUCAUCUCCACCAAGUUCACAGUUCAAAGCCACAUUGCAGGAGUCUUACCAGGUCUAUAAACGUUACCAGAUGGUUAUUCACAAGGACCCACCUGAUAAACCAACUAUAAAUCAGUUCACACGAUUCCUCUGUGAUUCUCCUCUGGAGGCAGAGCAUGUCCCAAACGGACCAGAAUGUGGCUAUGGAUCUUUCCACCAGCAGUAUUGGCUGGAUGGGAAGAUAAUUGCAGUUGGUGUAAUUGAUAUCCUGCCCUACUGUGUGUCCUCUGUCUACCUGUACUACGAUCCAGACUUUUCUUUCUUAUCUUUGGGAGUCUACUCUGCACUACGGGAAAUUGCUUUUACUAGGCAACUUCAUGAAAAAGCUCCUGAUCUCUGUUUUUAUUAUAUGGGUUUCUACAUUCAUUCAUGCCCCAAAAUGAGAUACAAGGGUCAGUACAGGCCCUCUGACUUGCUGUGCCCUGAGACUUAUGUCUGGACACCAAUUGAGCAGUGUCUGCCCCUGCUUGAGCACUCAAAAUACUCUCGAUUCAACCAGGAUUUGAAAGCAGUCGAUGAAGGUCGUCUGAAGGAGCUGGGCAGAGUGAGAGUACUGCACAAGAGAACUGUGAUGCCUUACAGUGUGUACAAGAAAAGGAGGAAGGGGCCAAGCGACGAGGCCAGCGUUCAGCAGUAUGCAAGUUUGGUUGGACAGACCUGUUCAGAAAGAAUGUUGUUGUUUAGAAGUUGA